AAGUUGUUACGCACUUCCCUUGUUUGGAAAACCCCAUUUCAAUACUUUCUGUUUAGUUACUGUAGGAUAUACCGGAUACAAUUAACUGGUUAAACUUGGCUUUGGAUAGCAAUGUGUUCAGCGCCAUCCAGUUCCGACGAAAGUGACAUCUUCGACCCAGCUAGUAUCAACAUUUUCUGUGAAAAACACGAUUCUAAAUAUGCAACGGCUUUUUGUUUAACACAUAAGAAGCCAAUUUGUAUGUCUUGCAUUGUACAAAAAGUUCAUUGUGUUGAUGACUGUAAACUUCAGGAAAUACAGUACGUUGAUCGUAACGUUCUGCAAUGUCUCAAAAUGAAAAAAGUGAUAAAUGAGCAUGAUUCGAAGCUAGAUGUUAAUGUAAUUGAAGAUCAAAUGAAAACAGAAAUUGAAGCUGCUUAUUCAGAGACAUUAGCCAAACUUGAAGAGUAUAAGGCAACCUCAUACGAGGUGACAAAGAAAGAAAUAGCAAACGUGAUUGAAAGUGAUAAGGUCAGCCGAACUCAAACAGUUCUUAAAAUAAAUGAAGCUAUUGACUAUUGCAUAUCUGGUAAUAUGAUUCAAUGUAAAAAUAUUACGAGUAAUAUAGAAGAUACAUGCUUUGUCACUGGGAUACACUUUCAAGAAGUAAUACCGUCUUUUGAUGCUCAAAAAAGAGCUCUUGUGAGUGUGAAGGACAUAAGCACACCGGAACAGUUGCAAUGGAUGGACUGUUGUAUAUAUGAUUUAACCGAUUCAGAAAACGAUAUGGAUUGAGAUAACAAGAUACCAAAUAGACAAGAUCGAACAGCUGUCUACAUCAUUCAAACUUCGGGUUGAACUAGAAUCAGAAAUUAUUCAACAUUGUGCUUGAGUCCGAUUUGAUAU